GCUCUUUCUCUUUUCUCUGGGUCGUUACUUUUCUUUGAUUCGGGGCAUAAUGCCCUCGCCAUUCUUUUUCUUGGCUCUGUCUCUGUCCCUGACACGUUCUAUCCAGGUUGCUGCAGAACCCAGUUUUGAUGCCUGGUCUCAGGUGUGGAAACCCUGUCCAAGGGACUGCAGCGAAAUCCCAUCUCCGGCCGAAUGGGCGGUCUAUAGCAGUGUGGAUCAACUGGCCACUUGCAAUCAAACUCUGCGUUUAGACUUUUCUUUGUAUAAUCCCUCAAAUCCUGCUAUUCGCGCCUGUUCUGCAUCUCAAAGCUACCCGGCUGCUAAGGUCUCUCAGUUUCAGGCUCUGAUCUCGUCUGGGUUUACUGAUCACGAAGUCACCCUGCAAAUUGGCUGGUGGAAUACGUCUGCGUCUUUACCAUCUGCAGGCGUAAAGUCCGCUCUGGAACAUGUGCGAAAGGCGCUCCUAGCCUCAGAGAAUGAGACACCGACGACUGCGUAUAGCUACCAUGGGAAGUCCCUCAUUGGAGUGUACGCCGGACCGGGGGUUCAGCACUCGGACGCCGCUACCACUGUAUUCCAGAAGUUCACCGAUCAUAUCGAAUCCCAGGAUUUGGUCGGCCGAAUUGCCCUGCAGUAUUGUGGAGAAAAUUCCAACAAAGCGAUUGGUAUCGUCGUCGAUGCCAGCGGUGACCUCGCGGCUGUGCAGCGCAUUGUCCGGGGCUGGGUCGACGGGGAGUGCCAGACUAACUUUGACGGCGUGAAGGAGCUCCCACAAUCCGUCCUGCAUAUGCAGGAUGAUGCGACAUCGUCCCGCCUCUCCGAAUCGUCGAGUCGACAGAUCGCCAGAGAAGGCCGCUUGAAUUCUCAUCAAAAGCAAGCUCAUUCUCAUCAACGACGAGCCAUUUGCCGCACGAUCCAGGUUGUUCCUGGAGACUCCUGUGGGGCGCUGGCAGAAAGGUGCGGACUCUCUCCGGCAGAUUUUACCAAGUUCAAUCCCGACAAGAAACUCUGUUCCUCACUGCAGCCGGAGCAGCAUGUUUGCUGCUCAGCGGGUACAUUGCCCGACCUGAGGCCGAAGCCGAACGAGGAUGGAACUUGCGCCUCGUAUGUUGUCAAGACGGAUGAAUCUUGCCACAAAUUAGCAGUUGCCAACGGCCUCAAACAAGAGGAUCUCGAAAGAUUCAACAAGAAAACCUGGGGGUGGAGUGGAUGUAACCGGAUCCAGUCCCAGCAAACUAUUUGUCUCAGCGAAGGCACAGCUCCGAUGCCCUCUAUUGUCGACAACGCUGUAUGUGGCCCACAAGUGCCAGGGACAACAAGGCCAAAGGACAUGAAUGACCUUGAGGGUCUCAAUCCUUGUCCGCUCAACGCCUGCUGUGACGUUUGGGGUCAGUGUGGUAUUACCGAUGAGUUCUGCACCGAGAGCAAGUCUUCCACUGGGGCCCCUGGUACAGCGGCUCCUAACACAAAUGGCUGCAUCUCCAACUGUGGUACCGAUAUUGUGAAUAAUAACAAGGGCCCGGAUGAGUUUAUCAGCAUCGGCUACUUUGAGGCCUGGAAUGCUGAGCGUGGCUGUCUGAAUAUGGACGUUACCAGCUUCGAUACAGCAAUCCACACUCAUCUCCAUUUUGCCUUUGCGGAGAUAACAGAGAGCUACGAGGUGGAUGUAUCCAUGGUUCAUAGUCAAUUUAAUAAGCUGAAGAACAUGGGCUCCAUCAACCGUAUCCUGACAUUCGGUGGAUGGUCCUUCUCCACAAGAGCGGAUUCCUUCCCAAUCUUCCGCAAAGGCGUGUCGGCUGAGAACCGAGAGGUAUUUGCCACUAAUGUGGCUAAUUUCAUUGUCGAAAACGACCUUGAAGGAGUGGACUUUGACUGGGAGUAUCCGGGAGCUCCUGACAUCCCCGGUAUCCCUCCCGGUGACCGCGAUGAUGGGAAGCGAUAUCUGGAAUUCUUGAAGAUGGUGCGAGAAAAGCUACCCUCUGAUAAAAGCGUUGCCAUUGCUGCGCCAGCCUCGUUCUGGUAUCUAAGAGGCUUCCCAAUCGAGGAGAUUUCAAAGGUGGUAGACUACAUUGUCUUCAUGGCCUACGACCUGCAUGGCCAGUGGGACUACGGCAACAAGAACUCGAUGCCAGGAUGUCCAAGUGGAGAUUGCCUUCGCUCUCAUGUCAAUCUUACCGAGACGAAUACUGCUCUGUCCAUGGUUACCAAGGCCGGAGUGCCAUCUUCCAAAAUAAUUGUUGGGGUGAGUAGCUAUGGCCGGUCGUUCAAGAUGACUGAGCCUGGUUGCUCUGAUCCUAUGUGCAAAUACGUCGGGCCCGAGUCCGCUGCGAAGCCUGGGAAAUGCACCACUACAGCAGGCUAUAUCUCCGACGCGGAGAUCAACAGGAUUUUGGAAGAGGAUCCGACUGCCAAAAAGACCUAUGAUGCGUCCAGCGACAGCAGUAUCCUUGUCUACGACUCCACGGAAUGGGUGGCUUACAUGGACACUGAAAUCAAGAGAACUCGGACCGAGCAUUACCGCCAACUCAACAUGGGCGGCAUAUCAGACUGGGCAGUUGAUCUUCAGUCAUUCGCAAACAGUCCUCGGGGUGGUAACAACUCCCCCGAGAACCAAACCGUUGUCUACGUAGAUUCCAGCAUUUGGACGGAAGAGAACCCGGAGGUGACAUGCCUAGCACCUUGUGCUCUCGUCCUCCCCAACUAUCCUCUUAGCUCCACCACCGUUAUCACUCCUCUGCCCCAUGUCACCACGCUGGAUGUGGCUUGGCCAACUCAGACAUUGAUAACAAGGUCCAAUGGGGAGGUAAUCACCACUACCACCGUCACACGCAUUCUACAGGAGACCACCAUCAUUGCUCCGCCAGUUACGGCAACCGAUCUGCCCAUGGCCAAUAUCAAUAUCACUAUUCCACUUGACGAGGACGAAAGACUGACAAUCAAGCCGAAGCCACGUUUCCCUCCGGUGAUUGUCACCAUUACUAACGAUCCGAAUCCAUUGUCGCAAACGGGUGUCUUGCAUCCUCCAGUGACAAGAAGUGUGACUGUGCCUCCCUGGCCCCAGACCACCGUCAUCUAUAUCCCACCUAAGGAAAACACCGAUGAUGAGAAUAAUAACACAGAUAGAGAUGACAAAGACAAGGAUGGCAAGAACAAGGAUGACAAGGACAAGGAUGACAAGGACAACGACGACAAGGACAACGACGACAAGGACAAGGGCAAGGGUGGCAGCCAUCACAGAAUCAGGUUCCCACGCAUACCCACCAUCACAGUGAGACACGGCCCUGGGUCGCCUGUUUGCAGAGGAAAGAACUGCGGCCAUCUGUGCUCUGACAGUUUUUGCGGUUGCAAGCAUGGCUGUGGUGGUGGCGACAACGGAUUCUCUGAUCCAAACGACCCCAAUCCUCCCCCAAUUCCUCCCCCUCCACAGGACCCUAAGGACAAAGACUCAUGCACUAGCUCUUCGGUUACAAACUACUGGGUCUCAUGCGACUCCAAAACCGAGGGCCCAACCACAACCUCCUGCACUACCACCAAAAGUCUGGUGGCUGUGGGAUGCGAUGUCACGGCCACCACGACAACCACAGGCGUAGAAUAUUGCCCUACAGUGGACCCAAAUGAUCCCCAGGGAGAGGACGGCGGCGCACAUAAGGCAAAGCGUACCAAUACUUCGAAGACCAAACGGCCGCCAAAACCUACCAGCUCUCCAAAGCAACCCUCCUCCACGUCUUCUGAAACGACAAGUACCAAGACCUCGAAGACAAGCUCCCUACCAUCCGCGACGUCCGCCAGCGGCUGCAGCAAGGUCGGUAAGGGGCCCAGCAUGCCCUCGCGCAAGUGCUGGAACAAAUGCGACCCAGGCACGGGCUUGCCCGUUGGCGGCGACUGGGCGAAGAACGAUCCCUGGUGCUGGAUAGCUGAAAGCGGCAGCGAUUCGUAUGCCAAUUGUUUGAAGCAAUCCGACUGUCCAACCGACUUUGAGUGCGCGGAAUCAUGGGGCUGUGUUGUUCCACUGUCCGGUGGGUGUGCGUCUCAGGGUGGCAAGACCGGGCUAGGUAAAACCUGCUGGAGCAGCUGCAACGAAAAAACUGGGAAGCGGACGAACGAUGAGUGGGAGAAGGGCAUGCCGUGGUGCUGGCUGCAGAAUGGCAGAUUUGCCAGCUGCAAGGAGGACAACGACUGCAGUGCCACCACUGAGUGUGUCCCGAACCAUUGGACCCACGGCGGAUGCAAUACUAAGAGUAAGACAUGGGAGCUGGAUGAAGGGAUAUAG